CUUGAUAUCAAAUGGCAGCUGUGCCGCAGAAGACUCUGAGCUGGCUCUAUGAUGUCUUGAAACGAGAAUACCGUGACCCAAACCGAACAUAUUCCGACCUCGCACAUGCCCUCCACCGACACCCGGGCUUCGCUCCUCGAACCGAUGUCUACAGUAUGUACCAUGCAUUGUCUACAGAGAUGGAAGAUUCGGAGAAAGAAAGACACAACAGCUGACUAUCCUGUGCUGCAGCCUUUGAGAAUGGAGCACCGGCGCUCCUCGUCCAUUUCCAAGGCACCAUACCUGUGACAUUCAGAGGCAACACCUAUCGCUUUCCCAUCUCACUAUGGAUCCCCCAUUCAUAUCCAUACGAUGCACCGAUUGUCUAUGUCACACCCACCAAUGACAUGAUGAUUCGGCCGGGUCAAUAUGUCGGAGGGGACGGCAAGAUAUAUCAUCCGUAUCUGGCACACUGGAGGGAUGCUUGGGAGAGAUCCAACGUGGUGGAUUUUCUGUCCAUCUUGUCUGACGUCUUUGCCAAAGAACCGCCCGUCAUAUCCAGGCCCCAACAACAACCUCAGCAGCACCAGAGACCAGGACAACCUACACCACCUCCUGUCCCACCUUUACCAAAAGAGGUUCAACCUCAAGCUUCAGGGAGUGCUUCAGGCCUGAUGCAUUCCCCACAAGGUCAAGCAGGCACAUCAGGGCCGCCUCCCCCUCCUCCGAAAGAUCCCGUUCUGGGAGGUGGCGGUCGAUCGGUUUCAUCUCCAAUCCUAGGAGCUACGAGCUCAACUCCUUCAUCGUCUCAGAGGCCAGGUCGCUACGACGCACCACCACCUCUACCUUCGCAGACACAUGGCUCGGACCAAAGUCACCAACGGCCUCCUUCCAUUUAUGCGAAUGGAAGCACGCAACGUCCGUUGAGUGGUGUCAAUUAUACCCCUCAAAGGUCAAGUAGUUUAAGACAAUCUCAUACUGCACAAUCAGCACCAUCUCAUGGCUUCUAUCCCCAACAGUCUCAACCUCAACCUCAACCUCCACGGCCGGAGGAUGCCCAGCAUUACCAAUACCCGCCGCAACGACCUAUACAGUCACCACCUCCUGGCCACGACCUAGCUAGUCCUCCACCAAUUCAGAGCUAUGGUGAAAGACCUCUAUCCCAGCAUAUUGCACCAGGACCAUCGUCUCAGGGUCAAGGCUGGCAGCAGCAACAGUAUCAUCCUAGUCAAUCGUCUAGCAGCGCGGCCGGCCAGCAUUUCCAACCGCCACCAGCACAACCCCAUCAACAGCAACAACAACACCCAGCACAACCCAGACCAAUCCAUCCUCACUAUCAACGACAACAACAACACCCACCACCUCAACCCCAGGCCCAACCACAGCCCAAACCUACACCACAACCUCAGCCAAACCUCCUCGAUUCACCAUUCGACAUCCCCCUCUCCACCAUCAACCCAUCCAAACCGCCAUCUCACCCAUCGAUUCCCGCACCACCUAUUCCCGUCAACCCCGAAAAAGAAGCCCUUUUAUCACACCUGUCACACGUUCUGACGCAGUCCCUGCACUCGCAGAUCGGACAAACAAACUCGGCACAACCCGCCCUGGCAUCCCAGCAAGCCGCACUCCAAACGACAGCGUCCACACUCCACACCGAACUGACCCAACUACAAAACCUACACGCCCACCUAACAAGCAACAUCUCCCACCUGCACACGUCACUCGCGUCGUCCGAUAAAGUCAUCCAAACAUCCCGCCGGCGUGCUCAGGAAAAGGAUAUUCCUCACGUGAACGAAAUGCUCGUUCCACCGACCGUGGUGGCUCGUCAAUUAUACGAUGUGUCUUGUGAGGAGAGGGGCAUCGAAGCGGCUAUUCUGGCGCUACAGGAUGGGUUCGUGCGUGGUCGAGUGGGUGCGGAUGUGUGGAGUCGUAGGACUCGUGAGCUGGCGAGAGAAGGGUUUAAGAGACGGUGGAUGGGGAGGAAGGUUGCGAGAGGGUUGGGCUUGGAUGGUGCGAAUGCUUGAUCGUCAUCAUGGUGGAUCAACUCUACUUAGCCAGCCGGUUCUGCUCAUCUUGGUUUUUUCCUUUCUUUCAUGAUUGAUGAUGACCAACCAACCAAUCCGACCACGACUGCCGUUCGGUAGGCAUUUAUCAAGGGGCAGUGUGAAGAAACUGGGUCCAAGGCGAGAGAUUUUGAUAGAGAAUAAGAGUAGAGGUACUAGAGGUAUCACUACUCACGAGAUAGUUGGUUCAAUGCUAAAGUGUGUGGAUGAUAUUUG